GUGUAGUGCGAAGCUUCUACUUCGUGUAGCCCCAUUUACCCCACUGAGUAUCGCCUUUUAUUCGGCCUGACCAUCCACGCAGCCAUAAAUUCGCCACCGUAGCUCUCUGGACAACCAUCAUCAGACUCUAAAAUGGCGAUGCAGUUGGAGCCGUGGAACAGCCUCGCCGACAAGGUGGUCCUAGUCACGGGUGCCUCUUCCGGCUUAGGCCGCGAUUUCUGUCUCGACUUGGCCAAAGCCGGAUGCCGGGUAAUCGCUGCCGCUCGCCGCGUCGACCGGCUCAAGGAACUCUGUGAUGAGAUCAAUCGCCUCGCUUUUCACUCCUCCGAACCUGAGAGUACUGCCGGUCUCCGAGCUGUCGCUGUGGAGCUCGACGUCUCGGCUGACGGUGCAACCAUUGAGAGGUCCGUACAGCAGGCUUGGGACGCGUUUGGGAGGAUCGAUGCUUUGGUUAAUAAUGCUGGGGUUAGAGGUAAUGUGAAGACACCUCUGGAAUUAUCUGAGGAGAAAUCAUUUUGCCUUCUGAAUUAGGGUUCUACACGUUUUUUUAAUAAAAAUUUUAAAUUGGUAACAAAAUACUGUGAAUUUUGUUAUUAUAUUGUUUUCAUUUUGAGAAAUUUCUCUUUUUUUUGGGAGAGGAGGGUGAAUUUUUACCAUGAAGAUAAUGUGAAGACACCUCUGGAAUUAUAUGAGGGGAAACCAUUUUGCCUUUCAAACUAGGGUUCUAAACUUUUUUUUUUUUAUAUAAAAAUUAUAAAUUGGGAACAAAAUACUGUGAAUUUUGUUAUUAUAUUGUUUUCAUUUUUUGAAAUCUCUCUCUUUUUUUUGGGGUGAAUUUUUACCUUGAAGGUAAUGUGAAGACACCUCUGGAAUUAUCUGAGGAGGAGUGGGAUCAUGUUUUUAAGACUAAUUUAAAAGGAUCAUGGUUGGUGUCAAAGUAUGUCUGCAUUCGAAUGCGUGAUGCAAAUCGAGGGGGAUCAGUGAUCAACAUUUCUUCCAUUGCUGGCCUUAAUCGUGGGCAAUUACCUGGGGGCGUUGCCUAUGCUUCUGCCAAGGCAGGUGUAAACACCAUGACAAAGGUAAACAUCACAUGAAGUUAUUUGUUGUUUAAAAGUGAUGGUUGCAUUGUUUGCAUAGAUUGAUGCAUGGUUAUGAAGUUCUUAUGUUGGGCACAUUUGUAAGCAUUGAGUAUGUCAUGGUGAUAGUAUCUUUAGUAGUGUGCUACAGAGGAGAAUUGUUUAAAACGGGAAAAGUCGGAGAUUCUGCUCUAGGAACAAAGAAGUGGUAGUUACAAAUAUCUUUGAUAGUUUCUGGGUUUGGUAGAAGGAGAAGUACAUAACAAAAUUUGAAAGUUCAA